AUGAAGUCACUCCUCGUUGCUACUCUCCUCAGCCUCACUUCCGCUGCUGCCGUAAAGCGCUGGUGCCCUCCAGUCAUUCCCUCAUGCACGGCGAGGUACUAUGUCACUGCCGGACAGACCUGCCAAGGAGUUGCCGACGCUGCUGGCAUCCAACUUGACAAGUUCUACGACCUAAACCCGUCCAUCAAUGACGUGUGCACGAACAUGUUGGCUUGGUGCGAGUACUGCGUUGCCGGCGAUACAGGUAAUACUGGUGGUUGUCCACAGACAGCUCCGGGAUGUACUCUAUCGGAAGUUGUGCAGUCGGGAGAUAUCUGCUGGGACCUGCUCAACCAGCCCGCUCCAGGUGACUGGGCCUUGUUUGCCGAGUUCCGCGCCCUCAACCCUACGAUCAACGAGGGCUGUACCAACCUCAUGGUUGGCUGCCAAUACUGCCUCCCCGAUACCCCUGCCGACGAUUGCGAGGCAGCCGGGGGGACAUGGUCCAAUCCCGUCUACUCAGGGCAGUCCUGUUGGGAUUUGAUUGGUGGCUACGGCGACUGGGAUAGACUGGAACAAUUCUAUACCCUGAACCCGACCGUUUGGCGCGGUUGCGCUAAUCUCCAAAUCGGGGAGAAGUAUUGCAUACCUUCAGCUUGA